AUGAGGAGGGUUCUUCUGGGCUGGUUAGCGGCCUGCUUCCUUGGGAAGUGGACAGCAGUGUGCAGGAAGAUAAACGACUUGGUCAGCAUCGGAUACGUGAACGUGUGUACUAUAGAUAUAAGGAUAGACGAUGCCCAAGAGUGUGUCCUGGAGAAUGAGUUCGGGAAGGCAUUUUUAUUUAUAUGUAACUCAGGUGAAUACAUUAAUUACAAGUCAAGUAUUGUCCCAGCAACGUGUGCCCAUAGGACCUUCAUAAAUCUAAGUGAUCCCAGUGAAUUUUCCGCAGAUAGUGAUACCUACGAAUUGUUUCCAAAUUUAAUUGGUACUAACGACUCCACUUUGCAAGGGCACUUCCUAUUUUUUAGUACCCCCUAUUCGAAUAAAGACAUCGAUCUGAGUUGCUUAUGUUACGGAGAAGGUAAUAAAGAAAUUAAGCAUGUGAUGAAAUUGGUGUUUAAAAAAACGAAAAAAAAAAUAAAAGGUUGUGAUUUUGGAUAUAAUAUAUUGUCAAGAAGAGACUUAACAAAUAACAUUGACUUGAAUAAAAAUUCUGCUUGUGUGAUUCAUGCUUACCCAGGGGAUGUGAUAGGAAUUAAUUGUUACAAGAAGGAGAGGAACCAUUCGUAUAAUGAGAACUUGGAGCUAGUGCCAAACAACUGCUUCCAUAGUGUUCACUAUGGAAAUGAUAUCACUUUGGCUACUAACAAUUUGAUCCCAAACUCGAGAGUCAUUCCAGAUUCAACAGCAGAUGUGAAAUUAUCCAAAAUGCAUUCCUACAUGUCUUAUAUGAUCCUACCCAAAGACAUGAAGAUGACAGGGAAAAUCAGCUGCUCAUGCAAAAGGGGGGAAUAUGUGGGAUCCAUGUUCAUUUAUUUGAAGACUGUAAAUAAUUUAUUAUUUGACUCGAACAGUGGGAUGGAUCGAAUUAUCGAAAGGGGAAAUGUCGGAGAAAAUUCAGAUGAGGAAUGGGCAGGACAUGGAAAAAACGCGAGGGCACAAUCCAACCAGGGGAAAAGCCAAAGUGAAAUCAAAACAGAUGUGAAGCAAGAAAACGAAAGGACGGAAGACAUUCAUAACCAUUAUAAUAAUAUAAACAGCAUUUAUUACAACUCGGGGAUAAGUCACCCCAGUAGGAGACGCGACUAUCAAGGACAGAGUCAGAGUCCCUACCAAAACGAGGGAAAACAAUCGAGUGUAAGCGAAUCGACCAACGAAAGCAACGCCUACAGCUAUAGUAGUGAUAAAAACAUUAGCCGCGAAAAUUUUGGAAACAGAUUAUUUAACGACCACAAUUACGAUGCUUAUAACAUGGGCAUGGGCGAUGGAUUCAGUAGGGGCCCGCAACGACGGAAGAAGAGGACCCUUUGGCAGAACCUCUUUGGAUU